UAACUCAUGUUGCCCUCCCUCACUUCCGCGUUAGCCUACAGUUGUGGUGUUUGCCGGUGUGAGUGAAACAGUAACUUGUGCUUUCGCCAUGGCUGAUCCCUGCUCUCUCAGCAACUCCCAAGCUUGCAAGACUACCAACAUCUCCCUGCACCUGGUCGUAGACUUCGACAAGAAAGUUCUGCGUGGAUCGGCGACUCUUGAUGUUGAAGUGUUGGAAGAGAGAGUCGAGCAUGUGGUUCUGGAUACACGUGACCUGACCAUCCAUGGUGUGGAGGAUACCAGCACAGGUCAGCCACUGCAGUUCCUACUGAAGGACCAGGUGGCGCCUUUUGGAUCACCUCUGCAAAUCAGCCUUCCAGCCAACUGCCAAGCAAAAGGGAGCAAGUGCCAAGUGAAAGUGAGCUAUGAGACAGCACCCUCCUCCUCAGCGCUGCAGUGGCUGUCCCCACAGCAGACAGCUGGGAAACAGCAUCCUUACCUGUUCAGCCAGUGUCAGGCCAUCCAUGCCCGCAGCAUGCUUCCAUGCCAGGACACCCCAUCCACCAAGAUAACGUAUCAAGCUCUGGUUUCUGUCCCCAAACCCCUGGUGGCUCUGAUGUCUGCACAGAGGUGUGGUGAAGAACCAGACCCAGCAGACCAGACCAGAACUCUUUACAAGUUUGAUCAAAAGGUAGCUAUGCCUACCUACCUGAUUGCUAUAGUGGCUGGAGCUUUGGAGAGCAGGGACAUUGAUCAUCGUACUAAGGUCUGGUCAGAGAAGGAGUUGGUGGACAAGUGUGCCCACGAGUUUGCAGAGACAGAGACCAUGCUGAAGACAGCAGAGGACCUGUUGGGCCCGUACGUGUGGGGACAGUACGACCUGCUGGUGCUGCCUCCAUCCUUCCCGUAUGGAGGCAUGGAGAACCCCUGUCUCACCUUCGUCACUCCAACUCUACUAGCUGGAGAUAGGUCACUUGCAAGUGUGGUGGCUCAUGAGAUCUCUCACAGUUGGACAGGCAACCUGGUCACCAACAAGACAUGGGAGCACUUCUGGUUGAAUGAGGGUCACACAGUGUUUGUGGAGAGAAAGAUUGCAGGCAGGAUGCAUGGGGAGCAAACCAGACAGUUUGGAGCUUUAGGUGGAUGGAAAGACCUGUAUCACUCGGUACAAACCUUUGGCGAGACAAACCGACUGACUGACCUGGUCCCCAGACUGGAGGGCGUUGACCCUGAUGAUGCCUUCUCCUCCGUCCCCUAUGAGAAGGGAUUCACUCUGCUCUACUACCUGGAGGAGCUGGUGGGAGGGCCAGAGAAGUUUGAACCAUUCCUGAGGAAAUACAUUGAGACCUUCAAGUACAAGUGCCUGGACACUGAGGAAUGGAAAGCCUUCCUUCUAGACUACUUCAAGAAAGAGGUUUCUGAAGGGCUAUUUGACAAGGUGGACUGGAAGGCCUGGCUACACACGCCUGGUAUGCCACCAGUAAAGCCCAGCUAUGACACGACCCUGGCAGAUGCCUGUUCAGCACUGUGCCAGCGAUGGAGUCAGGCGACACCCGACAACCUAGACCAGUUUUCUGCACAGGACCUGGAGGGCAUGUCCCCAGGACAGAAGACUGAGUUUCUGGCACAGCUGCUACUGGAGGCCCCACUGUCAAUCCAGCAUAUUGAAAAGAUGGACCAACUUUAUGGCAUGAGUGCCAACAACAACUCAGAGAUCAAGUUCAGAUGGCUGAGGUUGGGGAUCAGGGCACAGUGGGAGGGUGCUGUGGACCCUGCCCUCGAGAUGGUUACUGUACAGGGGAGGAUGAAGUUUGUUCGACCACUUUACAGGGACCUGUACGGGUUUGAAAAGGCCAGAGAAAAGACGCUGGAAACCUUCAAACAAAACAGGCCCUUCAUGCACAGCACCACGGCCAGCCUGGUGGCCAAGGACCUGCACAUCCAGUAGUGAACUUCAGGCAUUUCAUUCACAGUACCAUGGCCAGCCUCAUGGUCAAGGACCUGAAAAUCCUUGGAUGAUUCAGUCCUGUAGAGUUCUCUUUAUCUUGGCAGAUCCAAGUUUGUCUGUUAAAUAUACCAGCAGCUCAUCAUUCAGAAUACUAAAAGGUUUCAUGAAUAAAGACAGCAUUUUCCCUCAAACCUAUCCAAUAUUUAUUGGAUUUAAACAUGCUAUUUUAAAACCAGCCCAGUUUACAAUUCAUUCAUCUGCUGGUUGGAGCUUAAACAUAUUCCUUGUCCCAGAAUUCCUGAUAACAUCAAUAUUGAACACCAUUGAAUUAAGAUCAGUGCUGCUACUGGAAGUGAAUCAAACAUUGAUUGGACAUUUCUAUUAUGCCUGUUUAUGCUGAAAGUCUUAUACAGUACAUGACUGUAAUUAUUUGAGUCCAUGCAAUUGUGCUAUCACUACCAUAGAUAUCAACAUACAAAUGUACUCAUCACACAAUACAGCAUUACAACUUGUGCAAGGCAAAUGGUGUAUCCCACAGUCUAACCACUAUUGCAUAGACCAUGAUUUGAGUUUGAUUGGUAAAAAAAAACUUCUAGAUUGGCCAGAAAAUUGCACAUAUGAUUAUACAAGUUUACAUCAUUGGUUUGAGUUGUUUUUCAUGCUAGUAUCUGUAGUAAAUACAAGCCUGUGCAUGCAUCAUGGCAAUUUGCCACAUUUCUGUCUCAAUGCAGAUUUUGCAAUUAAGUGGUAAAGACUCAACCUUCCAAUAAGACCACUUCACUCUACAGCCUGGAGUUACACAAAACCAUUGUAUCAGUAGCACAUAACAUACUCCUGCAGCUCUCCUAGAUAAUGGAAAUGAUGGAAAAUUAAAACUUACAUUCUUAUCA